CGCAGAAAAAGCAAAACAAAGACACCGAUAGGGGAAAAGUUAACGCAAUUAAAAAGGCAAAUAAAACACAAAGCAAAGCACACAAAAAUUUCAGAUAAUCGCGAAAACAUUGACAAACGUGAGUCAUUGGCCAGGGUAGAAAGAGCUUUCGUGUCAGUAUGGCGGACCCCGCAAAAGAAGCCGCACCACCAAGCUACGAAGAAGUCAUGAACGCCUCAUCGCAGGAUGCUCGCCUCAUUGCGGGCGUACAUCAUGGACCGCCAACGGCACCGCCCCCCAAUAUGCAUAUGCCCACGUACGGGGCCUUCGAGACGACGCCCGUGAGUGUGGUCAUCCAGCCGCCGCAGGUGGCCUUGCCCACGGAGAUCAUUGUGAUUGGCGGCUGUCCGUCCUGUCGCAUUGGCUACCUGGAGGACACCUUCUCGGCGCUGGGGCUGUGCUGUGCCAUCUUCUUCUUCCCGGUGGGCAUACUCUGCUGCCUGGCGAUGAAGGAGAAGCGGUGCACCAACUGCGGGGCAGUGUUCUAAGACCUCUGAAACCCUCACCUCCCAUUCGCAUCUGCAAUAUGGCAUUUAAAGUGCAAACACACAAAACGAUGAUGGAUGGAAUUCCCUGUUAACUCCUACACAUAUGCUAUGACCUAUGACCUAUAUAUUCCUUAAACACACACACACACAUUGGGACUGUAACUUUUUUUGAUAUCACAAAGAAAACUCUCGUACGUUUUAUUAUUGUUAAUCAUUAGACUAGAAAAUCAUUAAAUAUUGUAUGUACAUAAUAUGAAUCAU